CAGAGACCCGACCUGCACGCCCCCAGAAUCAGCCUAGAGAUCCUCUACCCCGAGCUGGUCUCUCCUGGAUACCUCUUCCUGGCGCCUUAUCGAAAUGUCGAGCCGGGGCCGUACAUCUACGACAACUACGGCCAACUGGUCUGGUCUGGUGCGGGCUCGCAAGGCGCUUCUACUGCGCACAACCCGCACGUGUGCGAGUACAACGGCAAAGACCACCUAUGCUUCUUCCAGGGCCACCAGCACCAUGGAUGGGCCAGAGGGCAUGGGGUGAUCAUGGAUAACCAAUACCGGGUGGUGCGCACCGUCGAAGCCGUAGGCGCCGCCACGCAGACCGACAUGCACGAGUUCCGCCUGAUCAACCGAGGCCGGACCGCUCUGGUUACCAUCUAUCAACCCCGCGCAUAUGACCUCGGUGCGUUUGGGGUUGGGCCCGGACUCGCGUGGAUCCAAGACAGCGUCUUCCAGGAGAUCGACGUCGAGACCGGAGAGCUGCUCUUUGAAUGGAGGGCGCUUGACCACAUCGCCCCGAGCUUUUCGUACACCUGCAUUGACUGCACCGACACCAGCGGGAACGGGCUGAGCAGAGAUACGCCCUGGGACUACUUCCACAUCAACUCGAUCGACAAGAACGAAGAGGGCGACUAUCUAAUUUCUGCGCGCCAUGUCGCCGCCGUCUACAAGAUCUCCAGCCAGGACGGGAGAGUGCUUUGGGAACUCAACGGCGCGAACCCUACCUUCAAGAACGAGAACCUUCAUUUCUCGAGCCAGCACCAUGCUCUUUGGGUCCACGAGAACCAGACGCAUACCAUCAUAUCCCUUUUCGAUAACGCCAGCAACACCUUCAACAUAACGAACAAGGAGUCGCGAGGCAUGCUCAUUGCCAUCAACCACGUCAAGCGAACCGCGACCAAGUUGCAAGAAUGGCUGGCUCCAGAAGAAGAAGGCAUCUUGUCUGGCUCACAGGGCAACAUGCAGAGACUGCCUGAUGGGAAUGUUUUCAUUGGGUGGGGAGACCAUGCCUUCUACUCUGAGCAUCUCGACAGCGGAGAAGCCGUCUUGUAUGGUAAACUGGCGUACUGGGGGUCCGACGUGAUGAUGUACCGCUGCAACAAAUACCCCUGGAUAGGAGAACCGCUCACGACGCCAUCCUUGUGGACGUAUUCCAAGACUGGUAACAAUGAUUCAAGCCUCGCUUUCUUCGUGUCGUGGAACGGUGCAACCGAAGUCAGAGCGUGGAACUUCUACACUGCAGACUCAGCUUCCGGCCCCUGGCAGUUGGCAGGGCGGGUGAACAGGACGGGUUUCGAAACAGAGUACAGGGCUCCAUUCGCAAGCGAAUGGUCUUUCGCGGAAGCACUCGAUAAGAGCGGAAAGCCUUUGAAGCGUUCCGGCAUUGCAAAGACGUUUGUGCCCUCGGAAUCCAUGGCGCCGCUUUGCGAUGAAGGAGGUUGCGAUCCCAUUCCUCCGCUUCCAAAGGGCGAAGUAUUUGAUCAGACCAUGCCAAUGGUCACGAACCGCGGGAAGUUUUACACUCAAGGGUACGACACAGCUCGAUACUAUCCCAUUAACGCGGGACUUUUCGCUGGGGUUCCAAGGGCGCAUUUAGCUCUCCCAUUCGUGCUGAUAUUGUUCAUCAUCUCCGCUGUAUGCGUGGCAGUAGGGCGACGACGGAUCGUCAGGGUAGUGUCUUCAUUCCAGGAGUGGGCCACCCCGAGAGCAUUCCACCUGUGUGGCGGGGAAGCGUAUGGGGACCAGGCCAUUUUCUCCCCGGGUUAUCGAAAGCUCGAGGGGCCAGACGCCCUGCCAUGA